GGGAAAGAAGCUCCUGCGCAAGAAGCCGCCGCCUUGGGAUUGGAGACAAGCACGAGAGUCCCAUUCUCCGAAAUGGCCGGGUCACAACUCAAGAGGCUCAAGGCCUCGCUGCGUGAGCAGGGAAUUAUCGGUCCGCAGCAGUCCAAGAAACAGAAGCGCAAGAAUGCGUUGGAUCAGAAAGCCAAAGACGACAAGCGCCUCCGGCGGUCCGAGGCCCUGGCCAGCAUCCGCGAGCAGUUCAACCCCUUCCAGUUCAAGACAAAUGCCCGCGGUCCCAAGUUCGACGUCACCACCAACAGGCCCACCAGCGACAAGGCCGCCAUGGCCAUCAAGGGGCGGCCGGGUCUUGCGAAGGCCGUGGGAGAGGAGCGGCGGCGACAAACACUUCUCGUUGAGCUGCAGCGGCGGAACAAGGUCGGGGGGCUCAUUGACCGGCGCUUUGGCGAGGGCGAUCCGAACAUGUCGCUCGAGGACAAGAUGAUCGAGAGAUACACUCGAGAGCAGCAGCGGAACCACAAGAAGAACUCUGUGUUCGAUCUGGAGGACGAUGACGAGCCUACGGCAGGACUGACGCAUUUGGGCAAACCGCUGUUCGACGACGACGAAGAGGGGCCCGUGAAGGACGACUUCGAAGAUGAGGACCUGCCCUCCGGGGAUGAGUCUGACAGCUCGCGCGCCGAGAGAAGGAGGCUCAAGCGCCAACGCCUUGUGGAGGCUGCUGCAGAGCAGGAAGACGAGGAGGAGCAGCCGGAAAGGAAAAAAACGAAGAAGGAGAUCUACGAGGAGGUCAUUGCCAAGUCCAAGCUCUACAGAUAUGAACGGCAAGCCGCCAAAGAGGAGGACAACCAGCUCAGGGCCGAAAUCGACAAGACAAUGCCUGAACUUCAGGCGCUGCUUUUCCAGAGGCAGAAACCUCCAUCAACGGACCCGAAGGACACGCAGGGCACUAUUGUCAUUGCCGGAAAGGACAAAGCUGCACUUGACAAGGACUACGACAUCCGGGUGAAGCAGCUCGCGGCAGACAAGCGCGCACAGCCUGCCGAGAGGACGAAAACGGAGGAAGAGAAGGCAGAAGAGGAGGCAAACAGGCUGAAGGAACUCGAGGAGAAGCGGUUGCGACGGAUGCGGGGCGAAGUCGAUGAGGAGCAUGAGGAGGACGAGGAGGAGGGGAUGGGAAAGAAAGGAAAGGGGAGUGCGGAGGGGCAAGCCUACGACCCCUUCAAUGUCCAGGAAGACGAUGAGUUUGGUCUCGGGAAGGGGAUCAAGUACCGGCCGACCGCCACCGAGCUGGGGUUUGAUGACGAGGACGACUUCCUAAUCGACGACGACCUUGUCGCCAGCGGCUCCGAGCUGGAACUCGACAGCGACGACAUGGAGGCGGUCGAAAGCGACGACGAGGAUGCCGAAUCGGAAGUCGGCUCCGACGAUGACGACGAUGACGAGUUUGUCAAGGGGAUCCUGACUGAGGCCGAGUCGAAGGACCCUGUUUUCCAAGCAGUCCGAACGGCGGAGGGAGAUGACGAGAACGGAAUACCCUACACCUUCCCAUGUCCGCAAACCCACGAAGAGUUACUGAAGGCGUUCGAAGGCAUUCAGGUGGCCAAACUACCGGUAGCUGUUCAGCGCAUCAGAGCCCUGUACCAUCCCAAACUGGACAGCAAGAACAAGGAGAGGCUGGGCAACUUCUCCCAAGUCCUGGUGCGGCAUGUCGCAUACCUGGGCGAUCGGUUCAAGCCUGAUUGGUUUCCCACUCUGGAGAGUCUGAGCCGGCACAUCCACUCACUAGCCAAGUCGUUCCCGAUCGAGGUGGCCAAGGCGUACCGUGCACACAUCCAGGUGAUGGAGCAGGAUCGGCCCCUUGCCCUCACCGUGGGAGAUCUGGUCAUUCUGACCGCGAUCGGGACAACCUUCCCGACGUCUGACCACUUCCAUCAGGUCGUCACCCCGGCGAUGCUUGCCAUUGCUCGCUACCUCGGGCAGAAGAUCCCCCAGAACCUGCACGACCACGCCACCGGGACAUACCUCUCCAUCCUUGCUUUGCAGUACCAACAGUUCUCGAAGCGCUAUGUCCCGGAGUUGAUGAACUUCUGCCUCAACACACUGUGCGCCCUGGCUCCCAAGAAGCCCCCAGAGAAGCUGGGCUUCUUUCCGGUCCACGAGCCGGCGGCGGGCAUUCGGAUCAGCGGCGCGAGCGAGACGCCAAUCCGACAGCUUAACUGCACCGACUGCCAAAAAGCGCAGCCCCUGUCCCCAGCAGAAGAGGCUUCGCUCAAAGUAGCCAUCAUCAGCACCACCACGGCCAUUCUCAGAGCGGCCGCCGAAACAUGGCACAAGCUGCCGGCCUUCCACGAGACCUUCCAGCCGGCCCUUGCCGUCCUCCAACACCUCGCGUCCACCCCCAACGCCACCCACCUCCCGCCCCCCCUCACAACCAGACUAACCGACACGGCCUCCGCCAUCGCCCGCCUGCUGCAGCUCGCCCGCCUCUCCCGCCGGCCGCUCGAGCUGCACCACCACCGGCCGCUGGCCAUCCGGACGUACGUGCCCAAGUUCGAGGACUCGUUCGACCCGGACAAGCACUACGACCCGGACCGCGAGCGCGCCGAGCUGGCCCGGCUGCGGGCGGAGCACAAGCGCGAGCGCAAGGGCGCGCUGCGCGAGCUGCGCAAGGACGCCGCCUUCCUGCAGCGCGAGAACCUGCGGGUCAAGAAGGAGCGCGACGCCGCCUACGAGAAGAAGUUCAAGCGCCUCAUCGCCGAGAUCCAGGGCGAGGAGGGCCACGCGGCCAACGAGUACGCCCGCGAGAAGGCGCUGCGCAAGAGGAAGGCUGCGCGGGGGAGGUAGGAAUGACAGCAGCUUUUUGGAUUGGGUUUGUGUGUGGAUACAUAUGUUGGCGGGACCACUUGUGUUGGCUGGUUGGUUGGGGCUUACUCUGUCUGUAUCGCUGCAUGUAUCGAAGGAAUGGCGGAACUCAGCAGCAUUCAAACAAGAUAUUUCUGGUUGCUUGCCCUCAUCUGAAUCCCUCGGUGACCUGUGAGACGUAUUCGUUUACUUGCUCAUAUGUGUUCAU